AUGCCCGACAUCACAUUUGUGGUUCUGCUUUGCCUUCCCCUCAUCGCUGUGUCAGAAGAGCACAAUCGCCUGUUAUAUGUAGAUACUGUUGACAAGUACCUGGAUAUGUGUCCAGAUUCUGGUGAAUUGAAAGAUCAUCCUUCCCCAGAACCCGAUUUAAAGGAAUGUAGUGAAUGGAAGAGUCGCACUUGUUGUUCUCCUGAAACAGCAGAGCAGAUAGCGAAUGCAACGCUACACGGCUUCUCUUUCGACUUCUGUGGUAAUAUGAGUGAACAGUGUCGCAAUUAUUUCCACUAUGACUACUGCAUGAUAAAGUGCUCUCCUGAUUUAGGUCCCUGGAUUGUUAAAAUGACAAGUUCCCGAUUUAAGGAGAGAGCGUUCAGAGUACCGCUCUGUGAAAGCGACUGCUACGCUUGGUACGAAGCCUGUAAAUGGGAUAAGGCGUGUUCCACCAACUGGAGGUCGGGAGGAUUUGACUGGUCAGAAGGUACGAACAAGUGUCGAAAAGGCUUCGAGUGUCUGAACAUCUCCAUGGUCUAUGGUUCACCGAUAGCCUUCUGUGAGCACGUGUGGGAUCACGCCUAUCGAGUUGUGCCUGUGGAAUCCGUUGCUGUUUGGGGCAGCAGCGAUAAGCACUGCAUGCACAUACCGAAUGGCAAGAGUGACCCGAAUGCUACGCGAAUAAUUCAACACAACCACGAGGUGGCACGACUCUUCGCUACGGCCAUUAUCAGGCGGGUCUACGGUGGUGGAAAUUAG